AUCAUGGUUUCUCCUUUAAAGGUCAAGUAACUUUUGAAUCAAUGCAUAUAAACAUAAAAUAAAGGCCAAUUUUCAUAUGGUUUAUCUACAUGAGCGCUGAUAGCAUUAUACAUAUUGAGGAGAAAGAGACCACAGAAGCAGCGCAAAGAGGUGAAAGAAUUAUCGAGAAAUACCUUUUCUUCUUUGGCUUUAUUUUCCCAAUAGCAUGGUUUGCAGGAAGUAGUUCUUGGGGAACAAAGACACCUUCGGCCUUUUUAUGGAAGAAAAGGUGUCGAAUUGCAGCCACUUUAAGCUUGACUAUACUUAUUGUUCUUUCAGCUAUUAUUAUGGUCGUGAAUCCGGGAUUGGUUGGACUGAAAACAGAAUAUUACGCAACAGGCGCACAAACUUCUUCAGCAUCUAACAGUGCUAUUCGACCAGGCGUGCCUUUGAUUGGAGGAAAUGGUUUUGGUGAUGCAGUAGCAGGUACCUCGGUUGAUAAUUAUGAUUGACGGUAAAAUAGUUUUACCAAAACUUUAUUUUCUUUUGAUUUUUUUUUUUUCAAUAAAUAUACCUUUUC